UGUGGGUAGGCGGCGGCGGCGGUGGCGGUGGUGGCGGCGGCGGUGCUGAAGGCCCGCGGCCGAGGGAGGCCGUGUGCCGAACAUGGCUGAGAAGCAGAAGCACGACGGGAGGGUGAAGAUCGGACACUACGUGCUGGGGGACACCCUGGGCGUCGGCACCUUCGGCAAAGUGAAGAUUGGAGAACACCAAUUGACAGGCCAUAAAGUGGCAGUUAAGAUCUUAAAUAGACAGAAGAUUCGCAGUUUAGAUGUUGUUGGAAAAAUAAAACGAGAGAUUCAAAAUCUUAAACUCUUCCGUCAUCCUCAUAUCAUCAAACUUUACCAGGUGAUCAGCACUCCAACAGACUUUUUUAUGGUAAUGGAAUAUGUGUCUGGAGGUGAAUUAUUCGACUACAUCUGUAAACAUGGGCGGGUUGAAGAGGUGGAAGCUCGGCGGCUCUUUCAGCAGAUUCUGUCUGCCGUGGAUUACUGUCACAGGCAUAUGGUUGUCCAUCGUGACCUGAAACCAGAGAAUGUGCUGCUGGAUGCUCAGAUGAACGCUAAGAUAGCUGACUUUGGACUGUCUAAUAUGAUGUCAGAUGGUGAAUUUCUACGAACUAGCUGUGGAUCACCAAAUUAUGCAGCACCUGAGGUCAUCUCAGGAAGGCUGUAUGCGGGUCCUGAGGUUGAUAUCUGGAGCUGUGGCGUUAUCCUGUAUGCCCUUCUCUGUGGCACCCUCCCCUUUGAUGAUGAGCACGUGCCUACACUCUUUAAGAAGAUCCGAGGGGGUGUGUUUUAUAUCCCGGAAUAUCUCAACCGAUCUGUUGCCACUCUGCUCAUGCACAUGCUGCAAGUGGACCCCCUGAAGCGAGCGACUAUCAAAGACAUCCGAGAGCAUGAAUGGUUUAAACAGGAUUUGCCCAGUUACCUAUUUCCUGAAGACCCUUCCUAUGAUGCUAACGUCAUUGAUGAUGAGGCUGUGAAAGAAGUAUGUGAAAAAUUUGAGUGUACAGAAUCAGAAGUAAUGAACAGUUUAUAUAGUGGUGAUCCUCAAGACCAGCUUGCAGUGGCUUAUCAUCUUAUCAUUGACAAUCGGAGAAUAAUGAACCAAGCCAGUGAGUUCUACCUCGCCUCUAGUCCUCCAACUGGUUCUUUUAUGGAUGAUAGUGCCAUGCAUAUUCCCCCAGGUCUGAAACCACAUCCUGAAAGGAUGCCACCUCUUAUAGCAGACAGCCCCAAAGCACGGUGCCCAUUGGAUGCACUGAACACAACUAAGCCCAAAUCUUUAGCUGUGAAAAAAGCCAAGUGGCAUCUUGGAAUCCGAAGCCAGAGCAAACCGUAUGAUAUCAUGGCUGAAGUGUACCGAGCUAUGAAGCAGCUGGAUUUUGAGUGGAAGGUAGUGAACGCCUACCAUCUUCGAGUAAGAAGGAAAAACCCAGUGACUGGCACUCAUGCGAAAAUGAGCUUGCAGCUUUACCUGGUUGACAAUCGGAGCUAUCUUUUAGACUUUAAAAGCAUUGAUGAUGAGGUGGUGGAGCAGAGGUCUGGUUCUUCAACACCUCAGCGUUCCUGCUCUACUGCUGGCCUGCUCAGACCAAGGUCAAGUUUUGAUUCCACCACAGCUGAGAACCACUCACUUUCUGGGUCUCUCACGGGCUCUUUGACUGGAAGCACUUUGUCCUCGGCUCCCUCCCGCCUGGGCAGUCACACCAUGGAUUUUUUCGAAAUGUGUGCCAGCCUGAUCACCACCUUAGCUCGUUGAUACUCUACCACUGGUUUCUGUCUUUCUGUUACUGCACUGUGAAAAUCACAUACACCCUUGACGUUAUUAUCUCACUUUUGGGUAUUACAUACUCGGCAAUAUAAAUUGAUGUGAAUAUUCCCAGGUGACAUGCAGUGUAUUGAAAUUACUGAAAACACAAAAGUUUGGCGUUUUGUUUACUUUUAGAAUUCUAUUAUUCUACUGUGCCUAUGAUGAAUUCAAAUAGGUAGUACCUUUAAUGGAUGAAUGUUGAUAAAGUUUGCUAGUUUAUACUUGUGACUUCACUACACAUGAUGAGCACACCUCACUGAUAAACCAGCUAAUUUAGGAGGUGAUACCUCCUUCCUUCAUGUUUAGUGCAUGUAAAUCCAGUUUGCUUCCUAAAUUUCAAAAGGUGUUAGACUAUCCAGGAACCCAGUUUUCUUGCACAGAGAUUAAGAAUAGAAUAAGUGUUAGUCAAAUAUUUAAAUGUAGAAAUCUGAAAAUCCUGUCCCCCUAAAUAUUAGAAACCAAAUUCUUUGUAAUGGUUUCUGCAAAUACUGCUUAGUAUUAGCCAGAAAGACUGUGUUUCUGGUAACAGGUGCCCAGUCUCCAGGCUUCUUAACAUUUGUGGAAGGCCCCUAGUUAAAUGCCACUACCACCAUGCAAAAGUAGUACACAGUUAAAUGAAACAAGGCAAAAUACCAACAGCCCCGUAAAGGAAAAUCUACUCUGAUGACCUGUUUUGUGUUUAUGGGCCUGGGGUAUUUUGGGAGGGCCAGGAGGUUAUGGCCCUGACAUCUUUGCUGAUUCACCUGCGGUUUAAGUUGUUAGUGAUGCCACCUCCUUCCUCAAUAGCCAUUGUCUUUGCUCAUUGUUUUUCAGUCUUGUGUGGUUCCUGGUCUUUAAUCUUUCAGUUCAAAGCCCUCUGUUGUCCCUGGGGGCCUUCCUGUACUUCCAAAGCUUGAUUGCUGUGACCUUCACUGUUGAAACUGAUUGGACAGGGAAGCCUUAAACAUUUCAAAGUAUAUUCUCCUGGAAUAAGUAUAUGUGUUGUUUGCAUAUAUACAUGUAUGUAUUGACACAUCAGUGCUUUUAAUCAAAAAGAACCAAACUUUUUUGUGCAAGUUUUUUUUUAAUUUAAGAUAAAAACACUAUAUAGCAGGAUAAAAUUAAGUGAUUAUAUUUUGUUUUAGUAAAAGUAUUUUUAAAUUAUGUAUAAUUUAUCUA